CAACGAAUCGCAGGAGGGACAGGACUUAGUCGCGCUGAAAAUCAAACGGCACGUGUGUUUAAUCCUCGGUUUUUUUGUUGUGUGUCCCGAAUACAUCCAUCCGGUUUUUUUAUUGGCUAACAUGCCUGGCCUGCAGGAGGAGCACUAUCCGAUGCGUAGAUUCGAUAGCCAUCAGCUAGUUAGCCAUCAUGUUCUGGACGGCGGUAGCCUCCUCCACGCUCUCGUCGAACAGCGCCGAGAGCUCGGCGGGAUUGGCCAGUGCGGCGCCCAGCUACCAGCAGCAGCAUACGAAGCCAUCGCCGCUGAGAGCCUCCUCCAGCAGCUGGCAGCUUAGCAAUGCAGCAUUCAAAUCGCGACUGCAACAGCAACAGCUACUGCAGCAGCACCAGCAACAGAUACAGCAGCAACACGAGCAGCAGCAGCAGCAGCAACCGCAACAGCAAUUCGACGAUUUAUCGCAACAGGAAGUGCAGACAAGGCAGACAAAUAAUGGGCAAAAGACUAAAUUACAGACAGCGAACAUCAAAAAGAAAAUCAGUCCAAAGAGUGAAAGUAGAAUAUUCAAAGCUUUCACCUCCUGCAAGUGCACCCAAAAGUAGGGGAAUAUCAU